AUGGUACACAACCGGGAGUGUGAGAGUGGGGAACACGGACCGUGGCUAUCGAUUAGGUUACUCUUGGUGGAACAAUCUGAACCGCGGAAUCCCUCACGGGAGGCUUCCACUGGUUGGAGAGUUUUCCUGUCACUGGCUGUUUCUCCGAGCUUCCGUGCUUGGGUUCAUCAUGGCGUGACAGCUAAGAAAUUUAGCAGGCGUGUGGUCGCAAAUCAGCUUCCAAUUUGCUCGUCCGAUUGGACUAUUCAGGUUACUAGACAAUCUGACAUCUUCAGUCAGCCAGACCCGCACAUCGUUUAUCCAAGUUCUCAAGUAGCGUCGCCUUCGAUUACCUCGCAAGGAUGGAGCCGGGUAUUAUUGGGGACGAAUCGUAUGUGCGGUACGAUGGUUACCGAAUGGCAACAACGGCCGCAGAACUACAACCCGCUAGUUUCCCAGCCUAACUUUAGUACCAGUUACCAAUAUGGAACCGGACUUACCGUACAGCCCCAAAGGUGUCUUAGUCUCACCCGCCUAGCUGGUCGAAUCAGAGUGGUUGACUGA